GCAGGAAGCAUGGCUGUUCACCAGUGGACUGAGACUCUUAAAAAAGCCAAGAAAACUGCUUUAAUAUCCGAUGGGAAAAGAAAAGUUCAUUAUCUGUUUGAAGAUGGCAAUGAGAUGGCUGAGGAGUAUGACCUAAAAACAGAUGGGCUUGUCAUGCGAAAGUGGCGACAUAAAACCACCUUUGGAGGACAGGGGCAGUGGACCUCGGAAGUUGGCGAAACAAGCCCAACUGGUGCUACAUCUGAUUUAAUAAAGGAGAACAGUUCAAAUCCAUUAUUCAUGCGCCGGGACACAAAGACAUGUUUCCAGUGGAGGAUCCGUAACAUUUCUUACCCUUUAGAAGUCUACAGUGUGACAGCUGAGCCAAUGGAAAAAUGUUGUGUCAUUCGGACCUCAAACAAAAAGUACUAUAAGAAGUUCAGCAUUCCAGAUCUUGAGCGUUGCCAGUUGCCUUUGGAGAGCACAGCCUUGAGUUUCACCCACGCCAACAACACUUUAAUCAUCAGCUACAAGAAGCCCAAAGAGAUUUUAACGCUGGAACAGGAGCUGCUUGGGGAGCUGAAGAAACUGAAGGGGACAAGUGAAGGAGAUAUUGACUGUAAAACUCAGUGAACUGCUGUGGAUCUGGAGCUUUUGCAGUAUUGCGGCUGUUCGGCUGCAUUUCUUUACGCAUGUUUCUAUAAGCUUUGUGUAUACAAACAUCUGACUUUCUAUCUCGUGUUGAGAUAUAAAAUUUAAAAUGUUGAGCUGGAGGAUGUAAAAUUGUUUGUUGUGUCUAAAUAAUACAUUUCACUAAAAUUUCACUUCAUUUCAGCUUUUUAUUUUUAAAGAAAUUCUAGAAAUAGCUAUAAUAGUUAUUUUUACAUGUAUCGAUGUAGUGCUUUACAGUCUUAAAAAUAAA